CGAAGUUCUCUUCACAGAAGAACCAACGACGAAACUCUUGUCUCUUCCCCGUGGAUACCUCGCGCCUCCCGCCUGGCACAUCGACUGUGCUCACAAGAACAAGCGGUGUCUCCGCAUCUCCCUUUCCUCUCCACCAUGGGGCCUCCUUUCGCUUCUCUCUCUUCUUCUGCGUCUCCUCUCUCUUCUUCUGUGUCUCUUCUCUCUUCUUCUGCGUCUCCUCUCUCUUCCUGCCCUGCGCCCUUGUCUACUUCGCUCGCCGCUCUUGUCCGCUUCUGUACGGACUUGUCUCGUUUGCCUCUGCCCGGUGCUGCUUCUCAUCCCCUUCUUUCUUCUUUUCUCCUUCAACUGCUCUCCUCUCCCGCCUCUGCGUGCUCUCAAGAGUCGACGACUCCUGCGUCCGCCUCACGCGUCGAAGCUCGACAAGCUCUCCUAGUGGAGAUUUCAGAUCUGUUAACGACGAAUGCUCUCUUCCAGCUGCGCCUACACUCGACAACCGCAAGUCUCGACGCAGAGGCCGCCUUUCCAGUCUCUCAAAUCACAGCAAAGGGCACUGUCGAAGCUUGCUUCCCCUCUGUCAACCGGGAGAAGUCCCGAGAGGAGGCUGAGAAACAGUCGCUUUCCCCAGACUCUGCUGCUCUCAACUCCUCGUCCUACGCCUCACCUGCUCCUCCUGUAGCCCUGGCGCUCUCCCCUCUUCCGCUUUCCGUCGUUCGCCUGCUUCUGGAAUGCGUUCUUCUCCUCGAUGCUCCUCGAUCUUCUCCGGAAGCAGACGCCGCCUCCGCGUCCCUCCUCGCGCUGUUCCCGGCUGCCCCACUCCAGUCCUGCCGCGUCCUUCUUCUUCUCCUCUCGUCCUCGCCUGUCUCGAGGGCCUCGCGCAGGGAAGGGAAGGCCGCGAAGAAGGAGAGGAGACGCGAGAGAGACAACAAGAAGCGGGAGCAAAGCGGGCAGAGCCGACGAUUCGCAGAGGGAGCUGAAGCCUCAGAAGCGGCUGCUUCCCUCCCGCGAGGAACGCGCGAGAGAGGAAAGCACGACGGCACCAAAUCGCCACCGUUCUGGGCGGAGGAAGACAGCCUUCAAGACCGAACCAUCGCGACGAAGCUCGUGUGUCGGAUUCUCUCCUGCUGUCUCGUUUCUGCCUCCCCAAGCGCCUGCUGUCGCUUCUGCCGGCCGACGAAGGAAGAAGAAAGCAGGGAACAGUUCACAGGCAAAGCAUCCGAUCUCUCUCGCGUUUUCCCCCCCUGUGAAUGCAGCCUCUCUAAGGGAUCUCUCUGGAUUCUGGACGAACUCGCUCGCGCCCGACAUGCGACGAAGAACGCCGAAGAUUUCCAACAUGGAGAGCUCGGCUUGGCGCGCGCAGAGAAGCGAGAAGCAGCCGCGGUCGACGACGCCGAGUCUCGGGAAGGACAGAGUGUGCACUCGCGAAUGCAGGAACGCAUGCAAGGUGAAGCCGAGACAGACGAGAAGGCUCCGAACUUGAUCACGAAUCGCGAACUUCCUCGAUUCGCCGACAUGUCUUUGACUUGCGAGGGAGCAGCGUCUCUGCUUGAGGCAUGGCUCGUCCUGUUGAAGGAAAAGGGGGAGACGACGGAGCUUUCCCGGAUGUCCCUGCGUCUCCUGCCCCUGCUGUUCGAGCUGUGCACCGCGUCAACUUUCCAGAGCGUGAGGAAGAGCAUUUUCAGUCGCGUUCUACCGCUCGUUCUCGGCCACGGUCUCUCCUCCAGUCAGGCGAGUCUCUUUCUUCUGUCUCUGAUUUCGACGCUUCUUGAAGGCUCUCCCCGUCUCUGCAUUCCUGCCUCGAGGUCGCCUUCUCCGCUUCCCCAGGCGUACCCAGCGCCCCUCUCGAGAAGCCUCGAGUCUCCCGCCGCUUCUUCGACGACAUCGUCGGAGCCGAGCGUGCUCUCACCGUCGACUUCCUGCUUCGUCGCUUCCGACUGGGUUGGAGCCCAACGGGCCGGUGCCCCGACGGUCGCGGCUUUGGAGCCCAGGGGCGCCGCCUCUCAGUUCCGCGGCUCUUCUUGCCCAGCGGGAAGCAGCCCCGCGGCUGUGAGGCUGUCGGUUCCGGAGGCUUCGCGUUCGAAGAAAAAGGACGACCUAGCGGCGCGAGAAGAUGCGUUCGACCUCGCUCUCCGCUUCCCAGACCUCUUCUGCUUCCCCGCCUUCACGCUGUCGAGGCGGGGACGGUGGCUGUGUGUGUCUGCCAACGGGGAAGCGAAGGCGACAGGACAGGCCCCUGCCCAGGGCGCUCUCCAUGGACGCGACGAACGGUGGCGGUGGCUGUUUGAAGGCCUGGUCGAUGCCGCGCCUCUGAAUCGGAAGCGUGCACGCGCUCUCCUCGAGCGGCUUCAAGCGACCGAGCAACAAUCCUUCCUCAGGGCGCUUCGAGCGACGCGCAGAAAAGCUGGGAGAGGAGAGAGCGGACGAAUGGUGAGUGGUGGCGACGAUGCAGGGGCGAACCUCAGAGGCGAAGAGGAACUGAGAGCUUUUGCCGCGGAACUGGAGCGAUGUGGGGUGUCUCCUGAAGCCCAGGAGACCGGCUGGCAGGCCUUCGUCCAGCUCCUCGAGGCCCUCGAAGACUUCUCUCAGCAUCUGGUGAAGCAGCAGUGGAGUCACAUGCGGCGACUCUGCGCCCUGACUGCCAACGUAUCUCUUCACCUGCAGCUCGGAAGGCCGAGACCGGAGCACGAGUUGUCUUCGACCCCGGCCGACGCUGGGUCCCAUGCAGAAGUUGGAAGCACUGGCGACUCGCGGAAAAAACCGGCGCGGGGCGACACCGAAGCAACGGCGUUUCAAGUUCUCUCGUUCGACGUUUUCUCUCCCUCGUUUUUCGCCUUGCAUGCACUCGCUGACAUAGAAGACAGAUCGUGCGAAGGCGACGGCAACGCCGAGGUCGAGGUCGAGAAGCCUGGAGACCUAGUGCGACCUCUCUCGCCACUCGUGGUCCAGCCUCUCUGGGUAGAGACAGUGCUGCGGCGAAUUCUCUCGCAUGACAAUGCACUCCUCACGCGUUCGCUUCUCCUCGUUUUCAUCUCUUCCUGCGUCGAAGAAAUCCGUCUCCACCCUCUGCUCGCGCACUGCAUGCGAUCCCAGAGCCAGACCGUCGGGACCCCAACGGGCGCUGCGGAGCCCACCGGGCCUGCCGCCAUGCAGGCUGGAGACUCGAGUGGAGACAGCCUCGGAGACGGCGUCAAAGAGGGUGGAGACAGGAGUGGAAAAGAGCUUUCGAGUUCCAAUGUGUGGAGCUCGUCGUUCAAUUUGGCCGCGCGGGCGGCGGCAGCUGCUGAGAGCGGGAAACAGUCCGAGGGUGGCGGGCCUCCGGAGCUUCUCUGCGUCGGCUGGGACUUCUUUCUUCACUCGCUUCUGCCGAGCCUCGCUGCCUCGAAUUUGUACAGUCGGAGCAGCGACAGCUACAUGGUUGAGAAGACUGUUCAGCGCUUCAUCAAGAGUCGUCUGAUUGCAGAAUAUCUGAUUCGCACGUGGAACCUUCAUGCGCGAAAUUCGUAUGACACCAGUGCGAAUCCAGAGUCCAUCGAUGCCCGGGGGACGGCUUCCCGCGCUUGCUCCUGUGGUCAGUCGCCGGCUCCGUGGACAGCGAAGGGUGAAGCGUCUUCGCCUGCUUCUCAGCUCGCUGUUCCUUCUCCAGAAAACGCGUUUUCGUCUUUGAAGCACUUACCACGCCUCGUGUGUGACAGCGCUGCGGAACGAAGCAUUGGGGACUUUCUUGCGGCCAUGAGUGCAUGCAACUUAACCUACACACCCUUCCGCGUCUGGAUGCAUGCCCUUAAUGCGCUGCCUACCGCGCCGCCUUCAGGUCCUUCGUGCUCUUCGACUCCUGGAGGCUCUGCGGGAUCGUCCCCUGUCUCUCUGGACUCGUCCGGAGACCCGAGAGCCUUCAGGCUGGGGCGAGGAGUUUCUCGCGAGCGAGUCUCUGCGUUCGUUUGUCUUUUGCGGCAGCUUCUCCAGCAUAUUCCCGCUGUAGUACGCGCACCGCUCUUCUCGCGGCUGCUCCGCUUCUUGUCUCUGCAUGCACAGCCCUCGGCGCUAGCUCCCGUCGACCUCGCGCUCCUCUUUGCGGAUGCGGGGGCCUCUCUGUCGCUUCCUUGUCCGUCAUCGCCCCUGGAGACGGCAGGCGCCUCCACUCUGUCUGUCGGGCAGAAACUUCUUGCGUCCGUUUUUCCAGAGCCGGCGGCCUUCAGGCGCGCGCUACUCACGCUCUUCUCUCUUCUCGUUUGCGACGACGCGUCUCGCUUUCAGGAAAGCAGAGGCUGUUCGCGAGGCGCGAGAGAAGAAGCGACCUAUGCGGAGAGCGAGGGGAAGCCAGAGUCCGCUUGCGAAUUCCCCCGAGAAAUUCUGUGUGAGAAAGUUGCUCUCGGCUGUCUCCGCUUGUCCGAGAUAGGACAAGGCCUUCCGAGCGGCUACCACGUCCAUCAGGAAAUCGCUGCGCUGCUGUUCUCUUCCCCUGCUCUCCUACGGGUCUACUCGCGUCCGGCCCUACCCUCUCUCUGCGUCCGAUCGAAACUCGCGGCUCUCGCAGCCUUCCUUCGCCUUCACUGCACAUCCGUCCUCUCGUCCGCUUCUUCGGAUCCUUCACAAGCAGACGCAGAGACUUUCGGUGUCGCACCGGACCUCGCGCCGGUUGCGAGCGAGGUCGUCGCCUACGUCGUCUGUCACCUCACGACACUGGCGCGCACAACGGAAAUGGAGAACCGUGACACGGAGGAAGGCGAAAAUACGCGAGAAGAAAAUCCUUUCACCAUGCAUGCGCUCUGCGUCAAUCUGCCGGUUUACGCCUCUGUCGUGAACGCGCUGUCUCGGCUAGUGGCUGCGGGUUGUCUGAGGGGCACCGUCAACGCCCUGGUUGCUCGAUGCGAAGAAAUCCUUCUCGCUUGGAGCGUCGACUCUGCGGUCCAAACGUCGCCUCGUCACCUUCUCCUCGUUUCCGCGGCACUCACUCUGCUCUCUGCGGCUGCUCCAGCUCUCUUUUCUUCUGCCUGCCCGUCGGUCUCGCCUGGAGAGAGCGAAGCUUCGACCCGGACAGAGGAAAAUGCGCAGAGGGCCGCCUCCCUCUUUCUCCUCGUUUUCCUGUCCAAAGUCAAUCGACACCUGGCGGUGCAGCGCGGCCUUGCUGCCCCUGUCUUCUUCGCGACGGAGGACAGCGAGAAAGGAGAUUUGCCUCUUCUCGCGACGAUCGCUGCUCCACAGGGAGGGGCGCCUGCGCCUGCGCUGCCGCUCGCACCUUCUGAAGGAGUCGCCGGUUGCUCAGCUUUCUCCUCUGAAGCGUUGUUCGCUUUCUCUGAGGUCGGCGAGUUCUCCACAUGGCCUGGAAUCAUCGGCAGCUUCCACAGAGCUCGGGCCAUGCUUCUGGACUCGCUCGCGUCUCUUUCCUUCUCUUCGUCUCCUUCUGGGUCGUCUCUCUCGGCGUCGACGUCUCUUCUUGGGAGGUUUUUGCAUGCAGCGUUUUCGGGCAGCGGUUUGGCUGUGCCUCCGUUGAGGGCCUUUCCGCCGGACUCUCUGUCGCGCCAAGUAUCGAGCGCUUUUUCGUCUCUCUCGACGGAGAAGGCCGCGGCGCCGUCGUUCCCGGGCGUUGAUCUCUCUCUCCUCUCGCCUCGACUGCGGACUUCUCUGGACGUCCACAUGGCGCGCGCGACCCGGGAGGCGGACUGCAUGCGGCUGGGCUCUCCCAUUCUCUCAGGGCCGCGGAGCAUCGCCUUGUCGCUCUUGGCCGAGAUUGAUGGCUGCCCCUCAGCUGCGCUCCCUUUUCUUUUUGGGGUGAUUCGUCGCUUCGCCCUGCCGGUGCUUCUUCUCCCCCACCAUCUGGAGGCGCGGACAGAGACUCGGACGUCGCCGGAGAGAGGCGAAACUGACGAGGCAAGCGAUACAAAAGUAGAGGCGCUUCGGUGUCUCCACGACAUGCUUGAGGAGUUCACAGAGCAGACAAAGAGAGUCAUUUUGGACCGCGCCGAAACCGGCCUGCCUCUCCAGGCGGUCCGCGAGGCCUGCGCCGCAGUUCUCUCGCCCCUCAUGCUCGCCACAGAGAGUCUCUGUUUGCGGGAAGAGAGAAAAAAGGGAGAGUACGAAAGCGCGUCCAGCGAGACGGAGAGAGGCGCCGCAGACGAGAAAAAGGAAGUUUGGGAGGCCUACCGCGAAAAGGCCUUUGUCCUCAGUUUCGCAAAAGACCUCCUGGGAAUCGGCCGCAACACGAUUUCUGUGUCGCGAGCGUCUGUGGUGCCUCUACUCUCUUCGCUGGCGCUGCUGGGUCUGCACUCUGCGACGGGGCGUUCCCAGGCUUCUGUCGAAACUCAGAGAGAAAAGGCGUCGGUGUCGGUGGCUGGCUUCUUUCCGCUGCCGACUCCAUACAUCGAUCUGUUGGCGGAGAUUCUUCUCCACCGGGAGUUCGUCCUUCUGGACGGCGCGUCUGUGAUGACAGUCGACCCGUUCGGAUCCGCGUAUCCGUGGGGCGGCGCGCGUUCCACUGACGAGAGCGUUGUCGACUUUUCUACUCCCCUCGCUGUUUUGACCUCGUCCGACCCCACAACGUUGUUCUUCUCGCCGACGUCUGCCGCUGCUUCUGUCUCUCCCGCUUUCCAGCCUCUGGCCUUGCCUCCUCAGCUGCGGCGUCUGCGGCAGACGCCGGCCUUCAUCCGCCUGUUGGCGCUCUCCUUCUUCCACUUUUUAGGACAAACUGUCUGUUCGGACGUGGAACCAACGGGCGUCACCACCUCGCCCCGCUCGCACCCGUUCGCACCCAGCGCAUGUGCGGCCUUCAGAGUGUUCGCAGCAGACCUGCUCUUUCGGGUGUCCUCCCGCCUCCUGGACAUCGUCGCGCGGGCGCCAGCGUUCGCUUCACUCGCCACCGAGGAGAGAGGAGAAGACGGAAGCGAAAGGACCAAGGGGCUGCCAGUGUACUCGAAGAACGAAACCGUUCAAGGUCACUACUUGCCGAUGCCCAACUCGUGCCACCACAGAAUUCUCUUGCGGGGCUGGCAGGCCCUGAGCUCCUUGGCGCCCUACUUUCGCGCGGCGCCUUUCGCCUUCCUUUGCCAGCUCCACAAGCUCCUCUGGAAAGCUGUGGCGGCUCCUCAGCUUGCAGACGUCCGCCACUACAUCGACCUUCUGGCCGUGCAAAUGCUUCUCUUCGCCCCUGCGCAGAGCUGCCCACCUCUCGUCGCGAUCCUGCAAACUUUCAACUCCCCCACACAGACCCUCAUAGGCGCCCUGACGAUUGCCGGCUUCUUCUUGCUUCAUCCGGAGUCGCGUGGAAUGGAGGCGGAGACGCAGCAGAGAGGACAUCCGCAGGACCGGGAGGAAGAACACCGCGUAAAGCAGGUCCUCUUCGCAGCCAUCGUCCCGUACCUCACCUCGAAUGCGGCGUACCCCAGGGGUGUGUCGCAGUACAUUGUGUACGAGUUCCUGAGGAAACAUUUGAAACCUCAGACCACAGACAGGGGGACGCUUGAUCGCGACGAGAGUUCCCUUGGAAACGAGAAGACAGACCAUUCAAGUGCGGCUGUAACGGCCCCUAGGGAGGGUCGUUUGGGCUCAGAUGAACCGACAGAAGGCUCGCGCGAGGCGGGAAGAAGGCCACCACAGGGAAUUGGCAGAGAAGAACAAAGAACAGCGACGCAAUACCUCUCUCCGGCCCUGGGGAAAGACAUUCUCCAUGGCCUGUACCGACAACUCGAUGAGUCGAAGGAGUGUCAGAAAAUGCGCGAAAAAUGCUCGGAAGUCUUUCAACUCUGGCAACCCCACAUCCUAGGGUCCCUCGACACUCUCUUGGCCGUCGGACGCGACGGAGACGCAGACGCCCUCGACGAUACUGUCAAUGAAGCGACGGCAGCGGCCCUCGCUGGGGUUCCUGUCCCCGCCCUGCCGUGUGUCUCUGCGAGCGCGCCGACGCUGUCUGGCCUGCCAGACCAAGACCACGGAAGAGAGGCGAGUGCAACGGCAGUCGCACAAACACUCUUGGCGGACUUCGAUUUGAGGCCUUCCUGGGCCUUGGCUGUGGCUCUCAAAGAUGCCAUCAAAGAGGAGAUGGGCGCCGCCUGGCACGGCAAGAGUCGCGAGAAGGAGCCCAAAGAAAUGGCGACGCUUGUCACCCCUGCAGAGAACGGCGUGGAAGCCGGAAGAACGGCGACGGCGACCGCGAAGAAAGAGCGGGGCGGCGAGGCCGACAAGGCGCGCAUGCAGAAAGGAGACAGUUUCGAGGAAAAGGAGACAGAAGGCGAGAAGCAGGACCUCGUGUGCCAACGGAAGUUCGUGCCGCAACAACACCACCGAUCCGACGAAGAGAAGGGAAGCCAAGAGCUCCUCUCUUCAUGGCUAUUUGUCGGCGGCGAGGGCGAGACCCUUCAGCGAGAACUGCGCCAGAGAGGCGACCUGGUUGUUGUCGCAUCGCUGAUCGACAAAGUCCCGAACUUGGCUGGGCUGGCACGCACAUGUGAGGUAUUUGACGCCAAGAAGCUCGUCAUUCACAAUCUCGAUAUUCUCAGUGACCCACAAUUCAACACGAUCGGUGUCUCUGCCCACCGAUGGCUUCCUAUCGAGCAGGUUUCUGCGGACGACGUGGCCAGGUACUUGCUGGAUUUGAAGACGCAGGGCUACACCGUCGUCGGAGUGGAGCAGACUGGAUCUUCACAAAUGCUUGAGAAUGCCAGAUUUGAUCGGAAGACAGCUCUUGUGCUGGGUGCCGAAAAAGAAGGCUUGCCGGCCGCUCUGCUAGCUCUCAUGGACGCAUGCAUCGAGAUUCCACAGCUCGGGCUCAUUCGAUCUCUCAAUGUCCACGUCACAGCCGCCAUGGUUGUUUGGGAAUACACAAAACAACAUUCUCUUGGCGCGUAAAGCAAACACGCAGUGGCCCUACGGAACGCAUCUAUGAAUUCUUUGUGAAGCGUGCAAGUUACCGCCGAUCUGGGACGGGGGAAAAAUUGUCAUGGUUCCUUGUGGUUUCUCUUUCCUAAACUUCCACGUUAGAAAACGGCUUCGUCAAUGUCCGAGAAAUACAAACCAAAUUGUCAGAGGCUUGUUACUCUUAGCACCCGCGUGCGGGCAUCGGGGGCAUCGAGCCAUGCACCGACUCAUGCGGCCUACACACCAGACGGUGUCAUCAUAAAAUCCAAUCCCUCGUUUCUGGC